GUUUUUUUUUUGAAAGGUGUUUCAGUAAAGUGAAAGCUAGAGGAUGUAGAUUGCGAUAAAGGUCUUUUACCUUAGCUCAAGCCGCUUUUGCGCGAAAAUGAAAUUGGAGCCGAGCCUGCACGCAUUGCUAACUCGAAUGCUACAUCAAAAAGUUGCUUAGAUAGCCGCCCACCUCGCAUCACACAUUCUAACACAAAACCCCAUCAUGUCAGCAGUUUCCCUUUACAAGAACCUCUUGGCCACCGCGGCCAAGUUCGACAACUACAACUUUAGAAGCUACUUUGUCAGAAGAAUCAACGAGACCUAUGCUGCCAACAGGACCGUGACUGACGCCGCCGAAUUGAACGCUAUCUUCACAAAGGCCAACCUCGACGCCAACACCUUGAACAGACAGGCCUCUAUCUCCCAGAUGUACACUGCUGAGAAGUUGGUUGUCGAAAAGCUUACCUAAGGCUAAAACCUCGCUUCUGAUGACCGUGUCUUCGGAUAUGGCUCUUAUGUAUAUACUUAACAACGAUUCCCUUGAACGACUUGUAAGAUUAGGAACGAUUACCCGAAAUAUAUGUUAAGAACCAU